ACUCAGCUUCGAAUUGCUCCCGCGAUACUUUGAUGGCGUUCCUCGUCUUCGAAUCGAAAUCCAUGUUUUUCGACCAUCUGAAGCACUGUUGUUACCGAAUACGGAUAUUGAACAUGCUCGGCAAAUUUUAUUUGAGCGUCUAGAUGAGGCGAGUUGUGCGUGUGUGGAUAAAGUGAGGUAACGUUAACGUUAACGUUAAUUAAUGUGGUUGAGGUCGCAGGAUGCCCCGCCGGAAGCGCACGUCUGGUGAAAGCGGAAGAAAAGCUAAAGUCUGUCGAGUGGAGCAGCAAAGUGAGGACGAAACACUUAUCAUAUCUGACUCUGAAAAUGAAGAGGAGGAAGACAAUGCCGUUAACCGAUCCUCUCGAUCUGCCCGAUGGAGACGGAGGGAAAACCAGACUAAACUACAAGACAUGACAGAAGAUGAGAUGCUGGAUCUAGCCAUGAAACUGAGCGCUCAAGAAGCAAACCAGAGACGACAGCUUGAAGACAAUGACAUCCAAAAAGCCAUUGCGGAAAGUCUUAACGUUGCUGAUAGGGAUGGCGACGUUGAAACAUCCAGCUCUGCAGCUCAACCACAGCAGAGCAUUUCAGGUGUAUCACGUUUGAAACGAAAGCUUUUGUACCCCAGCCAAAGUCAGACACGGGGUGGAAGUGAUGUUACUGAGAGAGAAAGCACUAGUCCACUGCCAGAAAUGCCUAAUCUAUCAGAGACAACUGCCUCACUUUCAUCUAAUAGUUCAGCUCAGGUGUUUGAGCUUCCCAAAUCCUCUCAGCAUGAUCAGGAAUCGUCCCAGGAUAAGAUGUCAGACAAACAGCCAAUCAUCAGUGACUCUGAAGCGGACAAGCUCUCCCAGUCUGACUCGCAGCCACAGUGCUCACCUGUCAUUCCCAUACACAGCAGUUUUAUUCGCCAGCCUUUGGUGUGUGUGGAGAAACUGAGUCAGGAUCUGAUCAACGCCAGCACAGGCCUAAAGGACCACCUUCACACACAGGACAGCACGGUCGCUCCCACCCGUUCCAGCGUUUGUCCAUCGCAAGACGAUUCGAGUCACAUUUUCACUCAGAAUGAUUUUGAUGAAAGAACUGAUCCGCUAGAGGACAAACAUGACCCGUGUACUUCACCGGGCAAUGAAUCCAAUACUCAAAUAUCCGAUGAAGAUUCAUCAGCGUAUCCUGAACAUAAAGGUUUGUCUCCUAAAAACAAUGAUUCAGAUGAUAUCCCCACACCUUCCAGGAGAUUGCAGCCAUUGAGACCAAAGGGUGAGCCUGAAGAAGCCAAUGCAGAUGUUAGUGCGGGAAGUAAAGCCCCUGAUGCAAAGCAAGUAAAGGAUCAGAUCUCUCAGGUUGAGAACAUAGCAGCUCAUUCUGAAAGCUGUCCAAACCCUCUGCCUUUGAAUGAGUUCACCAGUCACAUGGUCUUGCACUUACAAGAUGAUGAUGAUGAUGAUGAUGAUGAUGGCAGUGAUGAGGUUCUCUCACCGAGCCCAAUACUUCCCGACAAAACAGCCCACAAAAGGCUUUCUUCAAUCCAACCCUGCAUCUCUUCAGCUGCCGUUGACCUAGAUUCUUCUACACAGAACACACAGAAAUCCUUGCAGGAAGACUCCAAAGGCCUCAAAUCCAAAUCUUUACACCCCAAAACACUUUAUACUGGAGUGGAGAAUGGAGAACGCACUGUCUCGUACUACUGGGGAGUGCCUUUCUGUCCAGUAGGCCAAAACCCUGACGAGUACACGCGUGUGAUCAUGUGUCAGUUAGAGGUGUAUGAGAAGAGCCUGAAAGAGGCUCAGCGAGAGCUGCUGCGUAAGGUGGAGUGGGGUCAGCCGGUGCUUCCUGAUUCACCAAAGAGGCCAUUUUCCCUGAGGAGACUGAAGCGCCACAGAGCUCCUCAGCUGUCGGAGGAUGAGGAGCAGAAUGAAGAUGAUGAACAGAAGGAGAAUAAGAGAGGAGAGGUGGCGGAAGAGAAAGGGGAAGACGGGGAGGAGUCUGUGGUGGGCUCAGAGGAUGGUGCUGGAGGACACAGUGAAACAACAUAUGUGGUUUUGUCUUCUCCAGAGACCAAAGAUGAGGAUGUGCCAAAGAAGCCUUUUCGCCGAAAGGAGGAGUCAACUGCUGCACAUACACCAAUCAGAAAUGAUGCAAGGGAUGCAUCAGAUAACACUCAGAUUGAGCAUGCAGAUAAUGAAGAGGAGGCGCAGAAUCCUGAAAUUUUUGAAGAUGAAGAUAUCAUAUGUCCAGAGACACAAAUGAGUGAAAAUAACUCACCUGAGCUCAUGAUGACAAGUCCUGCCAGUCCCAUAAAGCCUGAGUCUCGUGCUGACAGUGAAGUUAUGGACGUGGAUGUAGAAGAAGGUGCUCCUGGUCCAGAAGCAGAAGAGGUGGUGAUGGAACUGGAGAAUGUACCAACAGAUAUAGGACUUACUCACAAUCAGAUGAUGGCGUGUCCUAUGUGCUCAAAGCUUUUCCCGCUCAGCAAAAUUGAAAUGCAUGCUGCCUUCUGUGAUGGGGAAGAAGACAACAACCACCAAGAAGAACAAUCGCAAGUUGUUAGAGGGAGAAGGGCCAAAAGAGAUCUACCUGAAAAUGCAUCUGCAGAUUCACCCGGGGGAAGUGAAGAACAUUCUGCUUCGACUUCCUCUAAUGCCUGCGUUCCACUAUCAGACUGCCAUACUGAUCUCCAACAGGAGGACUUUUCAAAGAACAGCCAAAGACUCUCAAGAAAGAGAAAAUUCAAACGAUAGUGUCAUCUUUUUAGUUUCACUGACACCUGCGUCUGUCCUUUUGCAAUGCUUUUAUAUUUGUAUGACUUAAUUCAUAUGUACAAUAACUUAAAGAAUGUAUUUUAA